GAACGGGGCAUGGAAUUAACAGAAUAUCUCCUACAGCAAAUUAGAAUAAAUAUAUCAAACACACCCCUGUGUCGUUUUGAUGUGAAUAAACAGAAAGCUGUGUUUGUCUCCGAGUAAAGAAGCAGUAAAGAAGAACAAAACAGAAAGAGGUAGUUAAGUAAAGGAUUGUGGUUAAUAAGUAACAGGCCACAACGGUCUCCCCCACCCUGCAAGGCCUGCUGGGAAAAUCUCUUGGCAAGUAGAGUUGUGUGUGUGCGUGCAGAGAGAUAUCGCUGAAAUAAAGAACAGGAAGAGAAGAUAGAGCAGCGCCGUCUCUGACACACUUUUUGGCUCUCCAGCUGUACAACUUCCUCUUCUGUCCCCAACCGAAGGUCCCCCCUCAUGGGCAAAGUGAAGGGCAAGUCCGGGCCCUUGGCUCGGAGGCCAGACAACUCGGCUUUCAAACAGCAGAGGCUACCUGCCUGGUCUCCCAUGCUAACAGCUAACACUGUGCUGCCAUUCUUCUACUUUAUGGCUUUGAUAUGCAUGCUGCUGGGAGUAUGGCUGCUUCUCACAGUGCAGAGCACACAGGAAAUAAAGCUGGACUACACAGAGGCCGGGACAUGUAAUAUAUGUUUUGAAAAGCGAAAAAAUGUGAGCAACGCAGCACAAACCUGCAGCUGCACGGUGGUGUUUUCCAUUGACAAACGAUUCAAGGGAGAUGUCUUUUUCUACUAUGGCCUCCAAAACUUCCACCAGAACCUCCGCAGAUACAUGGACUCUAGAGAUGAUGGACAGAUGGUUGGCAGGAAGAGAAAGUUAAAGAACCCCAGUUCAUACUGCAGUCCGUUCACAAAAGACCAGAAUGGACUCCCCAUCGCCCCCUGUGGUGCUGUCGCCAACAGUAUCUUCAAUGACUCCUUCACUCUGUAUCGUGGCUCCAGUGGUCCUCGAGUUGUAGUCCCUCUGCUACGGGGGGGCAUCACCUGGUAUACGGACAAAAACGUCAAGUUCCGCAACCCAAAGACAGACAACUUGACGCUGGCUCAAGUGUUUGAAGGCACAGCACGGCCUCUGUACUGGCACAAGCCUGUGUACGAGCUCGAUACCCUCGACCCGACCAACAAUGGCUUCAUCAAUGAUGACCUGAUUGUGUGGAUGAGAGAGGCAGCCUUCCCCAACUUCAAGAAGCUCUAUGGGGUUUUAUACCGAGCCGAGGAGCCCUUCACUAAGGGUCUGCCAGCAGGGAAUUACAGCAUCGACAUAUCCUACAACUUCCCUGUGCAGUACUUCCGAGGCAGAAAGGAAGUGGUGCUGACCACGCUGACCUGGUUUGGAGGUCAGAACCAUUUCCUGCCCAUUGCGUACCUAGUAACCAGCAGCCUGAUCCUACUGAUAGCAGUCAUCCUCACUGUGUUUUGGUGGAAGUUUGGAAAGAAUGGGAAGAACAUGGAGGAAUAAAGGGUGAAAACGUGCUCUGGGAUGGUAAAAAAAAAAACAAGCAGCUGAAAAGUGGUAAUUUGUUGUGCUGCUUUUAGAUCAUCGCCGACAAGAACAUUGACGCAAGCGAACGAUGGUUAAGGAAAAGAUACUCAUUUGGUACAAUCCCACAGCAGCAUGUGUUGGGAAACCAAUGAAGAAUUAAGUUUGACAUCUGGAAAAUUACGUUCCCUAUCAACUAAAUGACCCACAUGUGUUAUGGUUUUUAUUGGGAUGAUGUUGCUCUGAACAACCCACUGAAAGCAGGGUGUGUUAGCUCAGGCUUCAAGCUUUCUUUACAUGUUGAUUUUACUUGAUGCAUUUUGUUCAUGUGCUGUUUAUUUAUUAUAAUAAUUAUGUUUAACAUUACAAGAACAGCCACUAGGGUUGAAUAACGAAUAACUACACUUUAAAAAGUGUAUCAUAAAAUACAGACAAACCCUGUAACACUGAUUCUGAAGAUUAAAUAAAAGGUAUAAAGGUUUUUAAUUACAACAUUCUUAAGGUUAGCCAGUGCAGCUAGUGUUGUUCCAAUGUUCAUGUUCCUAUAUGGACCCACAGAUGCUAAGAAUGAUGCUAUUAUACAUUAUAAGACAGCCAAGCUCUGUGAGGCUGUACUUAGGCACAGUAGUGUUAGCAUGGUAACAUUUGUCAGUUAGCACUCUACACAAAGUGCAACUGAGGCUGAUGGGAAUGUCACUGGUUUGUAGGCAUGCAGUCACAGAUUGAAAUCAGGGGAUUACCAAGAUUAUUUCAAUUCAUCCCGAGGUGGACGUGAAUGUGUUUGAAUGUGUGAAACCAUGAAUGUCUGUUCAAAACUCCAUCCAGCUGAGAUAUGUCAGUCUGGACCAAAAGACUCAAAUUCAUCAUCUUAACAACUGAUUGAGGAAAAGAUGCUUAAUUAUCAAACUACAAUUUUCUGUGCUUGAAUUAUAACUGUGAAAUCUGUAAAUGUCAGCUACACGUAUGUACACACACACCUUAUGGUGUAGAAUAUUGUGUUGUUUUGAUGACCGCUAAAGAUUGUAAUAAAACAUUUUCCUUUUAAAA